UGUCCUGUGAAGGCAGGGCUCCUCCGCACUGCUGUCUCGGCAGCUCGCUAGCCGCCGCUCGCAGCCCAGCCGGGGUCCAGGGCCGGGGAGUCGCCGCUCGGAGCGCGGCUGGCGCCGGGCGCGGCGCUGCCAGGAGCAGGUGUGCGGCUCGGCCCGGCCCGGCGCCGCUGCGGCUCCCGGGCUGCUCCCGCCGGGCGAGCUGCCGCCGGACCCGGCCACAAAAGGGAGCGCUGUGCGCCUCGGCUGCUGCGGACUCUUGCAUGUGAGUUAAAUUAAUUUCUUGAGAGAAACCUUCAUAAAGGGCUAAAUACACAAGGUCUACAUACACAGAAAUUUCUUUCUGCUGCAUUUGAGACACAGCUAAACUCGUCUGUCUGGAAAUCUGAAGACUUUUAUAGCAAAUCCUCCAGUGUCAAAAUGAACACAGAUAGCGGUGGGUGUGCUCGCAAACGCGCUGCAAUGUCUGUCACACUAACAGCUGUGAAGAGGGUUCAGAGUUCUCCAAACCUAUUGGCCUCAGGAUCUGAUUCUCAGUCUCCAGAUUCAGCUUGGCGAUCUUACAAUGAUGGCAGCAGAGAGACACUGAAUGGGGAUGCUAGCAGCUCAUCUCUUUCAGCAAAAGGCUUCAGGAGCGUGCGGCCAAACCUACAGGAUAAAAAAUCCCCAACUCAGGCACCUCUGCCACCUCCUAGAAAAGAAAGCUUUCGGAAAGCAAGAGUAACUAAUCCUGAGAACGAGAUUAAUCUCCAGGCAGGAACUGCUGGCCCAGCUAAACACCUCCUCUCAGAUACUGCCUAUUUCACUAGUGAGACGUUUGUGCAGGAGACAAUGUCUUCUCAAGUAUCUAACACAAGUGUGUCCUAUGCACAGAAAAUCAUUAAACCCCUGCCCUCAGUCUCCAGUGCAGACACAGGCACAGGAGCUGGCAUUAGCACCACUCUCCAUCAAGGCCAGAGGCAGCAGUCUCAAAAACGUAAAAUAUCCACCCUGAAAUUAACCCGGACCCGUGAGCCAGCGAGUGGCAUUCCUUGUCAUUCCCAGCAACAGCCCAAGCCUGGUGAAGAGCCAGUGUUGUCACAGAGGCCUGUCUCACCUGCCUGUAACCCCAUGCCUGAGAUACACACAGCAUCUCUUUCCGUUCAGAUAGUUCCCACCCCUGACAAUAAAGCAGAGCCUGAAAUCCAAGAUCAUCCACCUAGUAUUUCUCCAGACACUUCAAAGAUGUCUUCAAAGGAUUUGGGACAAAAGUCUACAGUUCUUCCUUCUUCACAGGCUGCAGAAUGCCAUGUGCUUGGAAACCAGAAAGUAACUGCCCCUGUGAUGGAGGUAAAUGCUUCACAGACACACAGACAAACAGCAACAGAAGCUUCUCCACUGCCUCUUCCUUCUCCUGUGGUACCAGUUAACAGAGCCUCUUUCUCACCAGACAGUGGCACCCACCCAGUACCAUAUUCCUUGCCAACGCUUGAUGAUUUUUUGCCUUCCCUCUUUGGUCAGAGCCCAGCCCUGUCCCAGUGUCCCUACAAAUGCCCGUUCCUGGCUGCUGCCAGUGCUGCCCCCAGGAACAGGAGCGAAGCAGCCUCUGUGAGCACAGACUCUGCCAUGAGCGAGUGCUCCUCGCGCACGCUGAGCGAGUGCUCCACUGCCAUCCUAGAUGAGCUGCAGACUUGUAGCUAUGAUACCACUGACUGCUCUGAAACACCUUCCCCAACCCUGAGCCAGAUGUCUGCUGUGUCAGAUGGCACCACCUUAACCAACACUGCUGCCACCUCUCAUGCUCAGAUCACAGUGAAUGGGAAUUCUGGCACUGCUGCCAGCCCAGUGAGUCACUUUCAAAGGCCUUUUUCCCCUUCUUCAGCUUACCCUCCACCAGCUUCACUCAAUUCCAACAUUGUUAUCAUGCAGCAUGGCAGGAUGAUGGAGUCCACAGAGACAUACUCACAGCAUGUUCAGAAUGUUGGCACCACCACCACCACCAGUACAAUACCAAUCUGUAGAUCCUCAGAAGAAGAAAAAAAAAUCACAGUAAUUAAAGCUCCACAUUAUGCAGGGAUUGGCCCGGUAGAUGAAUCUGGAAUCCCUACAGCAAUUAGAACGACAGUUGACAGGCCAAAGGAUUGGUACAAGACUAUGUUCAAGCAAAUCCAUAUGGUUCAUAAGCCUGAUGACGACACAGACUUGUAUAAUACUGCAUAUGCAUACAAUACUGGUAGCUACAGUCCAUCCUUCUCUGCUCAGGCACACCCAGCUGCAAAGACACAGACAUACAGACCACUGUCCAAAAGUGCUUCUGACAGUGGCUCUGAUGCCUUUAAGGUCUCAUCCCCUUUGCCACCCCACGUGCCACCACCAAUACCACCACAUCGUAUGAGGCAACGCUCCACACCAGAAAAGAACGACUGGGACCCUCCUGACAGAAAGGUAGAUACUCGCAAGUUCCGUUCUGAACCAAGAAGUAUUUUUGAGUAUGAGCCGGGAAAGUCAUCGAUCCUUGAGCACGAACGACCGGCUUCCUUAUAUCAUCACUAUUCAACAGACAGAGGCCUGGACAGGCCCUCCAGUUCUGCAAGUACUGCGAGUGACUACAGAAAGCGAAGGAAGUCAGAGCCCGCCGUGAGUCACCAGAGGGCACACAGUGACCAGAACGCCAACAGACCUAACCUGGGCCGUACAGACACACAGGGCUCAUGUUCCACCCUUAGGAAGCCUUUAACUAGCUCAUCUCCUUCUUCUCCAUCACGAGCUAAAGGUGGGGAUAUUAGCAAAGUAUAUCCAUCCCUUUUAAGUUACUCAGUGCACAACCACAACACCUCAAAUGAAUUAGAUUACUGUAGCACUUACAGACAACAUUUAGCUGUUCCAAAUGAUUCAAGAAGGGCAACCAGCUACAAGAAUGGCUGGCAAAUGACUCGCCAAAAUGCAGAAGUCUGGAGUAGCACAGAGGAAGCUGCUUCUCCAAAGAGGAAAUCUCGUAGCUGUGAUGACCUGUUGACAGAUGAUCACGAUAGCUAUCCCGAUGCACAGGCCAAGGCCGAAAGCAUGGGCUCUCUGUUAUGUGAGGAGGACUCCAAAGAAAUUUGCUCAAUGAACUGGAACUCCCCAUACGCUGAGGGCCGUGGUAGCGGUAGGUCAAGAGUUCGUCACAGAUCUGCGCACGAUGCUCCAGGUUUCCUGAAGAUGUACAAAAAGAUGCACCGCAUCAAUCGCAAGGACUUGAUGAAUUCUGAGGUGAUUUGUUCUGUCAAGUCCAGAAUACUGCAAUAUGAAAAAGAACAGCACAAAGGUAUUCUUCAAGGCUGGAGAGAGUCAUCUACUGAGGAGGUGCCCAGAGACAUGGUGCCAACCAGAAUAUCUGAAUUUGAAAAGUUAAUUCAGAAGUCGAAAUCAAUGCCGAACCUUGGUGAUGACAUGUUGUCAACAGUUACAUUAGAGCCUCCUAAAAAUGGCUUGUGUCCAAAGAGGCGGUUUUCUAUCGAAUCCCUGCUGGAAGAAGAAACUCCAGUCAGACAUCCCACUCAGGUACAACGGAGCUACAAGUCUAAAACCCUGGUGCCAAUUCAUAUUGAAGUGACCAGUGAUGAGCCACAGCGAUCACAUAUAGAUUUUUCAGACAGCGAUCAAGACGGAGUGGUUUCUGAUCUCAGUGACUUUAUCCAGAUAGAGGGUUCAUCCUUUUGUAGUGAAAGUGACUUUGAUCACUUUUCCUUCACUUCAUCUGAAAGCUUUUAUGGAUCAGGCCAUCACCACCACCACCAUCACCACCACCACAGGCAUCUCAUCAGCUCCUGCAAAGGGCGAUGCCCAGCAUCCUACACCCGCUUCACCACCAUGCUAAAACAUGAAAGGGCUAAGCAAGAAACCACUGAAGAUCCAAGGAGACAGGAAGCAGAAUCCGGCCUGUCUAAGAUAGCAUUCCUCGUCAGUCCAGUGCCUUUCCGGAGGAAAAAAAGUGCAGCUCCUAAAAAACAAACUGAAAAGAAAAAAUGCAAGUCAUCUGUGUUUGAAGCACUAGAUUCUGCACUUAAAGACAUCUGUGACCAAAUCAAAGCUGAAAAAAGGCGGGGAAGCUUGCCCGACAACAGUAUAUUACACAGACUUAUUACUGAGCUGCUUCCAGACAUUCCAGAAAGGAAUUCAUCUCUUAAAGCUCUGAAAAAGAGUCCCACGCACCAGCCUUUUCAUCCACUGCCUCAAGAUGGUGCUAUCCAUUGUCCACUGUACCAGAAUGAUUGUGGAAGAUUACCUCUUAGUGCCUCUUUUCCAGACAUGGAUGCAACUAACAACAAUGAUAGUGCACUGUGUUUCCAAGUAGACCAGGAGUCUCCUGGAAGCUAUUCUUCUGCUUUCACUGAUGUGGGACGAUGUACUCCAAGGGAGAGAAGAGGAACUACAGACAAAGAGAAACUGCCAGCUAGAGCUGUAUAUGACUUUAAAGCUCAGACUUCUAAAGAGCUGUCCUUUAAGAAAGGAGAUACUGUCUAUAUCCUCAGGAAAAUUGAUCAAAACUGGUAUGAGGGUGAGCACCAUGGAAGAGUUGGAAUAUUCCCAAUUUCUUAUGUUGAGAAACUUUCUCCCCCAGAAAAAGCACAGCCUGCCAGGCCACCUCCCCCUGCACAGAUUGGAGAGAUUGGAGAAGCUGUUGCCAAAUAUAAUUUCAGUGCAGACACAAAUGUGGAGUUAUCACUUAGAAAGGGAGACAGAGUAAUUCUUCUUAAGCGAGUUGAUCAAAACUGGUAUGAAGGUAAAAUACCAGGAACCAACAAACAAGGCAUCUUCCCUGUCUCCUAUGUAGAAGUCAUCAAAAAGAAUCCAUCAAAAGGUGUAGAUGACUAUCCUGACCCUCCAAUACCCCAAAGCUAUUCUAGUGACAGAAUACAUCAUUUAAGUUCAACUAAGGCUAAUUUAAAGAGGGAGCUAUUUGUUAUGGGUAAACCUCCUCGUAGCCCAGUGAUGACUAAGAGAUCCUGCAGCUCACCUGUCAGAGGUCACAGCUAUUCACACAGGCCACAGCGCCCUGUGCUUUCUCAUGAAAAUAUACACGGUGGGGGGGAACCGUUUCAGGCUCUAUAUAACUAUACCCCUAGGAACGAAGAUGAAUUGGAGCUCAGAGAGGGAGAUGUCAUUGAUGUGAUGGAAAAAUGUGAUGAUGGAUGGUUUGUGGGAACCUCAAGAAGAACCAAAUUCUUUGGUACUUUCCCUGGAAACUAUGUCAAGAGGCUGUGAAAUUUUUUUUUCUACUUAUUUAUGCUGCAUCUCUGCAACACAUCUGCAUAAAGCUGCUAGAAAACAUGCUACGCUGGCCUUCUGUUUUCUCGCUUGCAGUCUCAAAUAGAGGCCAUCUAGUUCACCCUCAUCCCAUCCCACCCGCCAAACCGUCCCAGCAGUAUUACAGCAACGACCACAGUGUGAAUAACUAAGCUUUUCUGAGACAAGAGGAAGCAUUUCAACAUUUAAAUACUCCCUGUUUUAAAGUAUUUUCAUGUGAAACACAGUAGGAAAAACCUGAUGACAGGUACAUAAAUGAGUUGCCAUGGGGGGGUAGUGGGGAAAGGGGGAAAAAAAUUAAUCUUGGUUUGAACAUUUGUGGUACUACCAUGAAGUCUGGUGGGAUUUUUUCAGCAUGCAUGUAAUACAGAGGAAAGUUGCUGUUUACUAUUUUUAAAAAAUUGAUUUUACACAUUCUUAUUAGCUUGGCAGCAUUUGUUGCUUCCACAUUGCUGUGUCACGGGUUUGCCUAUUGUACUGGUUUACAAUGUAUGACAAACUAUAAUAUAGACUUUUUGCCUGCACUUGUAUGCUGUAACAAAUGCACAGUGAUUGUAAAAUCUCAAGCAAGCAAAGUGAAAAUGGAAGAACUGCAAGUGUUCUGAACGGGUGCAAUGGUAUUGGCUAAAUCUUUUAUCUUUUUUUCCCUAAUGAAAAACUGUAGUGAACCUGUAGUGUUUUCUGUUAAAAAGUAAGAAGUGCAAAAGGCACAAAGACUGGGGAAAGAGGAUUUAAGGAAGAGCAAGACAGUGCUGUAAGCAUAGACAAUAAUAACCUGCUAUUGAUGUCUGAUAUUAAAUGGUUGUAAUCAAAAUGUUGUAAUAGUAAGCAACAUGAAGUGUAAGAGGUAGUGUUUUUACUUAUCAGGAAAUUAAAGAAGCAGGAAGGUAAACAGUGUUAGUGCAAAGGGUUGUUGGAUUUUGGUUUUUUUCUUUCCUAACAUAGCCACCUGAAAAAUAUUCACAAGCAUCAUGUACUGAUUUAUUUCACUAUAUAUGUGUAUGUAUGUUAAUGAAACCCAAGUUACACAUUCUUUUUAGGAAUUUAGACAGAAAAAAGAAGUCACAAGUAAUAAAACAAAUAUAUUUUAGAGGUGUUGGGUUUUGGUUUUUUGUCUGAAUGAACAAGUGUUUGAAAACAUACAUUUUCCAUAAGCAAAGGUAAGCAUAAAUAGCAAAUGAAAUUAAGGCACAGGAUGAUAAUGACUAUGGCUUUAUGAAAAUAAAAAUUUGGAUUUGGUUUCUUUGGCACCUUAUAGAUGGCAAAAGCUUCUGCUGCAUUUUUCAUGGGUAAAGGAUCAAAAUUAUCAAAAUGUAUGUAGUCUCUGUAGCAUUUUGUACAUAAUUUUGCUUUUUUGUACAGAGCCAUUUGGUUGUUGAUUUUUAAAAAAUUAAGUUUCUUAUUUGCCCUCUUCACAUACAGAACAUUUCAAUGCGUUUUUCUUUUCUUUCUCUGUUUACCAUAAGCACAUCUGGAUAGUGCAAUUCUGUAAGAUAGCCUUUUAUGCAAAAUUUUAUUAAUUAAAAUAUGGUUUACCAGCCAAAUCUAAAUGUACAUAUGUCUUUAUUACUGAGAAAGGUCAUUAAGGCAAAGGUAAAGAAACAUCUUUGUGCAGCAUACCUUUAUUAUUGCAGAUUUCAUGGCAAAAGCUUUAUAUUCAAAGGCUUUCAAUUUUGAACUAGAUCUGCAUGCAGCUUUGCUGUGAGAUUAAUACUAUCUUUGAUGCCAUUUAUGAUUGAGGACUUAAAUAUCUGUUGCCUGUGAUAUUUAAAAAGUACUGUUUCUACUCUGUAUCUGAUUUUAGAAAAAUGCAGGUUUUUCAUACCUGAGUUUCAGGUAACUGACUUUGAAUUCCUACAAGCAAAAGGUCUCUGUGGUUUUUUGGUUUUUUUCUUGAAUAGACUUCUAAUAAAUUUUGCUUGGA